UUAUCUAGGUCUCCUAGCCUUUGGAUCUCUCCUUUUCUGUCCCUUCCUUUGCUCGGCGUCGAUACCUUACCCCCUCACCUCCCUCUGUACUUUGGUACGAGCCGUUGCAAAGGGCGGAGGGAGGAAAAGGAAAGGGAAGGCAGUUCUUAAAGGGGCCGCAGCCAUUUUUUUAAGGCCUCUUUUUCCUUUCUCCAAUUUUAGAAGUGUGAGCGCAGAAGACUAGGCUCUUGGAAGCUGAGCAGAACUGGAGCAGGAGGGACCACAGCUGGAGGCUGCAGCGCCUCCGGGGUGGGUGGAAACGAGGGUCUGCCUUUAGGAAGGGCUGGGCGUGCAAGACCCCUGGGUCCUGCGCACAUCUGGGGCGGUGUAUGCUCCCGCUAGCAGCGAGCUUUAACAUCAGGGACCGGGCAGGGACUGUGGGGUGUUGGGCGCUGUUGGCGUGGCCGAUGCGCCAGGGCGGAGUGUGACGCCGCGCGGCGGGGCUGAGACAGAGCUGGCACUUCCGGAUCCCACCCGUGGCGGUAAGGGCACCGCCGCGAUGCCAAGCGAAAAUAUCUUCCUGUUUGUGCCUAAUCUAAUUGGUUAUGCCCGGAUUGUCUUCGCCAUCAUUUCUUUCUACUUCAUGCCCUGCUGCCCCCUCACGGCCUCCUCCUUCUACCUGCUCAGCGGACUUCUGGACGCUUUCGAUGGACACGCUGCUCGAAUCCUUAAUCAAGGGACCCGGUUUGGGGCCAUGCUGGACAUGCUGACUGACCGCUGCUCCACCAUGUGUCUGCUGGUCAACCUGGCGCUGCUGUACCCUCGUGCCACCCUUCUCUUCCAGCUCAGCAUGAGCUUGGAUGUGGCCAGCCACUGGCUGCACCUCCACAGUUCUGUGGUCCGAGGCAGUGAAAGUCACAAGACGAUCGACCUAUCUGGAAAUCCAGUGCUUCGCAUCUACUAUACCUCCAGACCUGCUCUGUUCACCAUGUGUGCUGGAAAUGAGCUCUUCUACUGCCUCCUCUACCUGUUCAAUUUCUCCGAGGGACCUUUAGUUGGCUCUGUGGGUCUUUUCCGAAUGGGACUGUGGAUCACCGCCCCUGUCGCCUUGCUCAAGUCCCUCAUCAGUGUCAUCCACUUGAUCACAGCCGCCCGCAACAUGGCUGCCCUGGAUGCAGCAGAUCGUGCCAAGAAGAAGUGACCCUGGACCUUGCAGCCUCUGGCUUGGGAGUCUCACUGUGCCACACAGCUCCCCUCUCCCUCCUAGGAGGUCCAGGCUUGUGUCUUCCUAAUGGCCAACCCUCUGGGAAGGGGUUCAGGCUCUUUAGUGAUGUCACGUUGUCCGUAAUCCUGAAGGCCGGUUCUACCCCUGGACUCCAGAUCAGGAAGGACGCUCAGGAGCUCCCACCCACGUGGGCAGUGCUUCUGGGGGCACCAAGAGGCUUCCCCGAGGACUGGGUAUUUUCAUAGCUGCUGGCUUAGCCUUGGGACCUGGCUUGGCCUGGAGACUUUAGGGACACUUGCAGGAGGGAGAUGGGAUAAGGGCCAGGUUUCCCAAAAGGCAGGGAAUCAGACCUCUGUCCCUGGCCAGAGGAAGCCUGCGGGUACUGUGGCUGGGAGACAAGGAGCCAUCUGGAUUCUUCUCCAUUGCAGUGUCCUCUGUCAGGUCUGUCCUAGCUCCAAAAGCCUGAAUAAUAAAGGUAGGGGCUUCACUGUCCUGGAUUUGUUUUCCUUUGAAAUAGUCUUGGACUGGGGCCUGGGUUGAGGGGAGCUUGGGGAAGAAGGGGAUCCAUCUGGCUGCUUCUCCCUCGGUUGUUUACUGCCUAGCUUUUCAUCAUUGCACAGAGACCUCAGACAGAGACGCUCCCUGCCGCCCAAGGCAUGCCAUGUCCACUUGCCCGCCUGCUUUAUUUCCUUUACCAUGCUGUCCCUAGCUGUCUACAUUUAUUUGUAUGCCUGAUACUCUCUGACCCUACUGGAAUGUAAACUCCAUGAGGGCACUGACUUUUCUUGUUCCUUCUCUGUCCCUACAAUGAGGAUUAACCUUAACCCGGCAUAUCAUAGCUGCUUAAUAAAUACUCACAGGUAGGUCAAUUGGUUUCUCAAGAGUGCAGUCCUUACAUUACCUGUGGGAUACCUUUUUAAAAUCCAGCUUCUAGGGCCUGCACCAGAGUUGGAAUCUCUAGGGAUGGGCCCAGAAAUCUGCAAUUUUAAUAAAUUCCAGGUGAUUGAUUUUUCUUCCCAAGAA